AUGGAAUCCUUGUCAGGCGACCGCCUCUCCCUGCCCAUAUUCCUGAUACAACGAGAGACUUUCAUUGUCAACUCUGGGCAUCACGUCCCUAGAGGCACCAAGCAGGUGGCCUUUCUGAUUUCCUUUCUACUGGUCUAUCUCCAUCACCUCAGAGAGAAGCCCCAGCAUGCCAGUUUCCUGUGCUUCUUGUAUGAAACCUGUAAGCAAUUCUGUGGCCCAUCUCCCCCUGUGGCUGAAAAGGCCAUUGAUUAGCUCAAGCAAAGACACUGCACCCCCUGCAGCCACGCAGAUGCUUCCCAAUCGCUCCAAUUCUGGUCUUGGUAUAACUGCUGUCUCCAAUACCAAUUCAUUACAGCAGGUGGAUUUGUCUGCAAAGAGCUCUGAUAGCCACCCCAAAUGGUCAACUUGGAUGACUUGAUUCUUCAAUGUGUGGAGCUAGAAAGACAAAUAUGUAUCCCCAAGCCAAACCCGCUCCCUGAGGUUCACAAUCUUGAUACUUUUGCUGCUCACCUUAAUGAUGAAGAAAGGAAAAAUCAUGGGUAGGACCAUGAGGAUGAACAUGAGAGGCUUUACCUGAAAGAUCAAUGCAAGUGCAUAAAGUCAUUUUGGCAAGAAAUGAGGGAGGAGGAGGUGGAAGAGAUGAGGAAGGAGGAGGAAGAAGGAAAAGAUGAGAGAGGAGGAGAUAAAACAGAAAGAGGAGGAGGAAGAGACAAGGAAGAAAACAGCACAAACAUGAGACAGACCAGAACAAGAGAUGGAGAUGUCUGGGAGGACCAAGAUCAGCACAUGGACACUACAAAGAGCCCAUUGUCCUAUACUUUAUCCCAGGAUCCUGGCUCUGCAAGUGACAACCAUGCCAAAAAUGUCCUCAAUGCCUCGCUGCCCAUAAUACAACCUGGUAGAUGGAGGAAGCAGAAUUGCGUUCCACUUCUGGAAAGGAGCCCUGGUACCAAUUCACCAUUGUCCAGCUCACCACAGACUUACGAGCACAUCACUUGGGGCAAUGCCAAAUGA